AUGACAACGCUAGCAUCAACUAUAUCAACAUCAACCGAAACAACUACAACAAUAUCAACCAUAUCAACUACAAGAACCAUAUUAACAGUGAUAACAACAACAAUAACAACAACAACAACAACAACAACAACAACAGCAGUUUGUGGUGACUGUCAUGAUGGUACACCCAAAUGUUGUUAUACAUGCCAGGACAUUAUAGAUACUUACAUAUCACAUAAUUGGGCUUACGAUAUAUCAGGUUUUGCUCUAUGUAAACAAUGA